AUGACUGCAUUCACAGAAGAAGAGUGGUGCAACAAAGUGAUUAAAGAAUUGACUAGAGUGCUUAAGCCCAAUGGCUGGUUGGAAAUCAUGGAAGGUGACCUGGUAUUCAAUCCCGAGGGACCUACUGGAAAAAUUUUGAUGGAUGCCUUUCGGUCCGUGCUCCUCUCAAAAUCAAUAAACCCCCAAAUAUGUCAAAAGUUACGGACAUGGCUCUCUGAAUCAACGCAACUGCUCAACCUCUCGUGUGAGGAAAGGUCAGGCCCCAUCGGUAAAUGGGCUGGAAGGGUCGGCGAAUUGGCGUGUCAGGAUUUCUGUGACACAUUAUAUGCGCUACGGGGAGUCCUCGCAGGAACGCUGGAAAAAAACUCAGAAGAGUACGGUGAGAUGGUGAUGGAAUUUGUUAAAGAGUGCAACGAGAACAAAUCGAGUUUCAGGCACUUUAGGUUCUUCUGUCAAAAGUUGAAUAUUUGA